CAAAAUAGCCAAUACAUUAAUGUCAGUCGGCUAAAUGUUGAACAUACGCAUAUAUUCCUACUCAUAUUUCAGUCGGUCUUUUCUUUUUCAUACUACAUGGGAGAAUGUUUGAUGUUAGCUUGAGUUGCUGAACGGGGCUCCGCCUUCUUUUCGCUCUUGUCCCGACGCGUCGCGUUGCGUCUGGCCGCCCCCUCUCGGCUCAACAGCGGACUGCUCUUCUCUUUCACUGGAGCUCCGAUCGCCGGACGACACUCAGCUAAGCACACAGCCAUGGCAGAAAACGCCGGCUUGGAGAACCACCGCAUUAAGAGCUUUAAAAACAAGGGACGCGAUGUCGAGACUAUGAGAAGACAUCGGAAUGAAGUGACUGUAGAGCUGAGAAAGAACAAAAGAGAUGAGCACCUACUGAAGAAGCGAAACGUUCCACAGGAAGAAAGCCUCGAAGACUCGGACGUAGACGCCGAUUUCAAAGGGCAAAAUGUAACACUAGAUGCAAUCCUACAGAAUGCCACCAGUGAUAAUGCAGUGGUCCAGCUCAGUGCUGUGCAGGCAGCAAGAAAGUUACUCUCCAGCGACAGAAAUCCCCCCAUCGACGACUUGAUAAAGUCUGGGAUUCUCCCCAUCCUGGUCAAAUGCCUGGAGAGGGAUGACAAUCCUUCCUUGCAGUUUGAAGCGGCGUGGGCUCUGACCAACAUUGCCUCUGGGACCUCCGCACAGACUCAGGCUGUCGUCAAAUCAAACGCUGUCCCCCUGUUCCUGCGGCUGCUGCACUCUCCCCAUCAGAACGUGUGCGAGCAGGCUGUGUGGGCCCUGGGAAACAUCAUCGGUGACGGGCCGCAGUGCCGCGACUACGUCAUCUCCCUGGGCGUGGUCAAGCCCCUGCUGUCCUUCAUCAACCCCUCCAUCCCCAUCACCUUCCUCCGCAACGUCACCUGGGUCAUCGUCAACCUGUGCAGGAACAAGGACCCGCCCCCGCCCAUGGAGACAGUGCAGGAGAUCCUGCCAGCUCUGUGCGUGCUAAUAUACCACACCGAUAUCAACAUCCUGGUGGACACGGUGUGGGCUCUGUCCUACCUGACGGACGGCGGGAACGAGCAGAUCCAGAUGGUCAUCGACUCGGGCGUGGUGCCCUUCCUUGUCCCACUGCUCAGCCACCAAGAGGUCAAAGUUCAGACAGCGGCUCUGAGGGCGGUGGGUAACAUCGUGACGGGGACGGACGAGCAGACACAGGUGGUGCUCAACUGCGACGUGCUCUCCCACUUCCCCAACCUGCUCACGCACCCCAAGGAGAAGAUCAACAAGGAGGCAGUGUGGUUCCUGUCCAACAUCACAGCCGGGAACCAGCAGCAGGUGCAGGCAGUGAUUGAUGCUGGCCUCAUCCCCAUGAUCAUCCACCAGCUGGCCAAGGGGGACUUCGGCACGCAGAAGGAGGCCGCCUGGGCCAUCAGCAACCUCACAAUAAGCGGAAGGAAAGAGCAGGUGGAGUACCUGGUGCAGCAGAACGUCAUCCCGCCGUUCUGCAGCCUGCUGUCGGUGAAGGACUCCCAGGUGGUCCAGGUGGUCCUGGACGGGCUGAAGAAUGUCCUGAUCAUGGCGGGAGAGGAGGCCAGCACCAUCGCCGAGAUCAUCGAGGAGUGUGGGGGUUUGGAGAAGAUCGAAAACCUGCAGCAGCACGAGAACGAGGACAUCUACAAGCUGGCAUUCGAGAUCAUCGACCAGUACUUUUCAGGGGAUGACAUUGACGAGGACCCCAGCCUCAUCCCCGAGCCCACUCAAGGCGGCACGUUCAACUUUGACCCCGCCUCCAACCUGCAGACCAAGGAGUUCAAGUUCUAAAGAGCGCCGCCCGGCUCCGCCCCUCACCUUCUGAGCAUCACGACAGAUCCACCCUCCAGAACCACACACAAACACACACAACCGCCACACACCGAAGGAGCAAUGACUAUCACAGGCGUCCCCCGUGAUGCUUCCAAAAUGUCUGGAAAAACAAACGCGCAAAAAAAAA